AUGAGGCGCGUCCAAAUGCAGGGCGACACGCGCCGGGCCGCCACCCCCCAAGGAGGCCAAAAAGGGGUGUUGGUCGUACCUGCUCCGGCUCCAGCCGCCCCCGACGUAACCCCAGAUGCAGAACAAAGGCAUGCUAUUCACGCAAACAAGCUCGUCAUGAGACCACCGCAGACAGCGAAUAGCACCCGGCGCGAACACCUUUUCCGUCUCCCCCAGGACCAAAGACCCGUUAUCUCAAAGACCAAAGACAGCAUGGGACUGCCGCUACAUGGGUUUGUGAAGGAGGCCGAGCCGGGACCGAGUGAGCGAUGCAGGCGUGCGUGCCGGUACGAGUUCUUUCGUCGACUCAGCGACAGCAUGUCGGAGGAGAUUGGCCGAUGCCUGACCACCAACACCCCUUUGCCGGCGCAUCUUGCAGUGUACGCGUCGGUGCUUCGCAUCGACGACUACCUCGUGCACGCCAUGAUUGCCUUUGAAGGGGCGGGCAUCGCAGAAAAGAGCCCCCGGCUGCAGGCAUUCAUCUGGCGCAGCCUCGACACGAUGAAGAACGCGGCCGCCGUCAAGCGGUGCCUGGCGGCGCCGCUCGCCACGCAGCUCGCGGAAGAGGCGUACGCCAACAUGGUCCAUCCCGCACCAGGGGACCACACCGUCUAUCCGCUCUUUCAGCUGGAGACGGUGGCGUCGGAGGACCAGCCGCCGCUGGCGGACGGGGAGGGGGAGCUCUGGCCGUCGACGCCGGCCUGGCACGUGCAACGGCACUGGCGGGCCAUGCCCAACUCGCGAGGCAGGGCGGCGCUGCGCGAUCGGCUGAUUCAGCUGGGAUAUCUGAAGCCUGAGUAUGGAUAG